CAAUUCCAUUUAUUGACUGCACGUUGCAUGACCGUGACUCACGGUCCUACCAAUGCAGACAUCCUCAACGUGUUGCUGAAUCGCGAGUCAAGCUCUUCCUGUCAUGCUGAUUCUGAUACAGAAGCGGAGAGGCUCCAGAAUGCCUAUGGCCCCUCCGAGGAACGGCGAUCAUGAAGUCGACGCGAUGGAUGUCGACGCGACAGACGAGGUUGGAGGUUACGAACAAACGGCUUCCGAACCGCACCCACUUGAACAACCACGGACAACCAUACAUGAAUCUGCCGACAGGAGGAGCGGGCAAUGGGACAUAGGUCGGCCAGGGCGCAUUCUCUUCUACCAUCGUGGCCAACCUUACUACGAAUUCACCAACUUUUCACCGCAUGAGGUAGUCUUUGAGGGGCGCACAUACCCAACGGCGGAACACUUAUUCCAAGCUCACAAAUUUCUACCAAUUUACCCUCAACUCGCCGAGCGCAUUCGUGAGCUUCCCUCGUCUCGGGCUGCUCUGCAAGAAGCUACCCGACUCAGCGAGUAUCGAAGGAAAGAUUGGUUCGAUGUCAACAUUACGGUGAUGGAUACUGUGCUCGAAGCAAAGUUUAUGCGGCACUCAUAUCUGCGCCGGAUGUUGCUGAGCACUGGUGACAGUGUGCUGAUUGAGAAUAGUCCAAUUGAUGCUUUCUGGGGAGUGGCCCAGGAUGGCAAGGGGAGGAACGAGCUGGGAAAGGCUCUAAUGCGACUCCGGGAUAAGCUCAAGCAUCCCGGUGAGACUCCUUUCAUGCAGCCAUUCUGCGAUUACCAAUGAGAGCUGCCUAUACGACCCUGCCAGUGGUUGCUCUCACCUCUCAAUUAAAUCGUCUUUCCAGGAA